AUGGAGUGUAAACUAAAUAGAAGAGAAAAAGAAAAGGAAUAUGAAGAGAAAGACAACAACCUGGAAGAUGCUGACCAAGGAAAGAACUGCAAAUCUUCACUGAUGACGCUAAACGUUGGUGGAUAUUUAUACAUUACUCAAAAACAAACACUGACCAAGUACCCAGACACUUUCCUUGAAGGUAUAGUAAAUGGAAAAAUCCUCUGCCCAUUUGAUGCUGAUGGUCAUUAUUUCAUAGACAGGGAUGGGCUCCUCUUCAGGCAUGUCCUAAACUUCCUACGAAAUGGAGAACUACUACUGCCCGAAGGGUUUCGAGAAAAUCAACUUCUCGCACAAGAAGCAGAAUUCUUUCAGCUCAAGGGACUGGCAGAGGAAGUGAAAUCCAGGUGGGAGAAAGAACAGCUAACACCCAGAGAGACUACUUUCUUGGAGAUAACAGAUAACCAUGAUCGCUCACAAGGACUGAGAAUCUUCUGUAAUGCUCCUGAUUUCAUAUCAAAGAUAAAAUCUCGUAUUGUUCUGGUGUCCAAAAGCAGGCUGGAUGGAUUUCCAGAGGAGUUUUCAAUAUCGUCAAAUAUCAUUCAAUUUAAAUACUUCAUAAAGUCUGAAAAUGGCACUCGGCUUGUACUAAAGGAAGAUAACACCUUUGUCUGUACGCUGGAGACUCUUAAGUUUGAGGCUAUAAUGAUGGCUUUAAAGUGUGGCUUUAGACUGCUGACCAGCCUGGACUGUUCCAAAGGGUCAAUUGUUCACAGCGAUGCACUUCAUUUUAUCAAGUAAUUACUUGUGUCACAAACAAAGGCAACAAGCAUGCAGCCAGCAAGCUUCGGAAAAGCACAGCAUCAAAAGCAUCCCAAAUACUGUGCCCAGCCAGCUCUGUACUCAAAGCCCUGCUGCUAAUCAAUUACUGUGAGCUAACGGCUGUCUUUCAAUCCAAGAAUGUCAUGGAUAUUUUCACAAUAAACAAGCAUGUACGUUAUUGUUUAUUUAAAUAAAUGGUAAUAAAAUAUUUGAAGGGGCUACAAGAUUUAAAAUCCUUUUUACUUAUGGCAAAAGUCUACAAAGAAACUGAACUGGUAAAAUUAACCAUUGAGAGCAAAAUAGAUAUGCAAAUCUACUAAAACAGAGCAUAGUGAAACCAAAUAGAGUGUAAAAAGGUAUUAAAGCUAUUGAUAUAAUUUUUAAUGGUAGGAGCCAAAAGCUUAUUUAUAAUUUCUGUAUUGCACACUAGAAUUAUAGCUGAAUUGAUGAUAUAUUGCUGAAAAUUCCUAGAAAACUGCUUGAUAAAAAUAAAAGCACUACUAGGUUCUUUGCCUGUACUAAUAAUUUUAAUAAAAAGUUACGCACGUCACUUUUAAAACAAAUAUUGCCACUUGAUGAUUUCACACAGUAUUAUUCAUUGAUGUAGGCAACUGGCAGGCUGCAGUUACCCUGGCUGGUCUUGGAAGUGACAAAAAUCAGCAGAUUCAUGCCUUUUCAGGCUGAGCUCCAACACAGUGUGGAUAACUUAGUCUCAACAUGGUAUGGCAUAAUAAUAAUAUGGGAGUUCAUUUUCAGUAUCACCCUAAAUAUAUAUUCAUUUUUCAAGCUCAAAAAUAGUAAAUGAGCAUCACUAAACAUUAUUCUUAUUCAAUGAGUUGUGUUUAAUUUCUUCAUGCUAAACAAGAAGUUAUUUUUUAUAAUUAAGUUUUAUAUAUGUCUGCCUCAAUAAAAUAAUCUGGACACUUAGCUCUAAAUAUGAGUGCAUUUUUUCCUCCCAAAUAACAGUUAAUUAUUUCUAUACCACUUAUUUUGGAUUCUAAAAUCAAAUUAUAUCUUAAAUUUGCUCCUUUAAAGUUUAACCAUUAAAACUUGUAACGAAAUCUUAACUUUAAUAAAUUUCAACAAAUGAUUUUUGAAAAUCUUUACUGAGGUUAAUAAAUUAGCAAAUAUGAUAAAAGUUGCCUUAUGCAUAUAAAUUUAGAUUAAAUUACCAAAGCUAAUAUUCUCAGAUCUAUAACUGACUUCCAGUUACAACAUCUAAAGUAACAGAAAAGCUGGCUGUACAUACUAAAAGAAAUAUUUAAAAAUUAUACAAAGAAGUCCUUUAAAAAUUCACAUUAAAAAAAAAAUACUCCACAUUAACCACACUAUUUUUUUUUCAGUACAAGAAAAAAAAGCUGCUACUAAAACAUCAAAUUUUCUCUUAUGUAUUUGAAAAUGGCUUAAUUAAAAACAGAAAAAAUAGUGAAAUCUAUUUUAGCAGUUUAGUAAUUGAACUGUUGUUUAUAUACCUACCCUGCAUAUGAGUUGACUUUUCCUUGGCAUUUGGACUUUGGUAAUAAAAAAACACUGUAGCAAUUUUAAUGUUAAAGCAAGACUUUUUUUUCAUUAUGGAUAAUACAAAUAGCCCUGACAUCUUUUUACCGGAGAUAUUUGAACAAAUCUCCUUACAAGUAUUAUAAAUAAGGUUUUACAUCAACUCACACAAAAGAGAAUUUAACUCUUAUACCAAAUUAUUAUUGAUGGAAACCACUACUUAAAGAAAUUUGUCAUUCAUUUUUAUAUCUUUCUCUAAAAAUUUUAUCUGGAUGCAUUUAAGUCCUCCUCAAGCUUUUGAUAAACCAUGAUAUCCUAAAACAAUUAAAUAACCUAGAAGUAAAUUUGACUAGAUUGAUUACUCUUGUGUAACUUUUCAUAAAUGUGUAUUUAAAACUCAAAAUUACUUGCACUUGGAUUUACAUAAUCAUAUUGUGUUUUAAGUGUAUAGAAAAUAUCUAUUUUUAAAUUUUGCUGUUUUCUAAAAAUAUUUGGAAAUAUUUUCCA